AUGAAACAUUCUAAUUCCGUAAUGGACAUGGAAAUGGCCAACUAUAGUGAUGUCUUAGACCCAACUUACACCUGUCUGGAAUUUGAGAAUAUGCAGCUUAUAUAUACUGGAAGUGAGAGUUCCCCAGGAGAAAUAAUCACCAUGAAUGGAAUUGACAAUGGGAUCAACAGUGUAUGUGCAAUUUGUGGAGACCGAGCUACAGGAAAGCAUUAUGGAGCCUCCAGCUGUGAUGGAUGUAAGGGAUUCUUCAGACGUAGCAUCAGGAAGAGUCAUGUUUACUCCUGCAGGUUUAGCAGACAGUGUGUUGUUGACAAAGACAAACGGAACCAAUGCAGAUAUUGUCGUCUAAGAAAGUGUUUUAGAGCUGGAAUGAAAAAAGAAGCUGUUCAGAAUGAAAGAGACAGAAUAAGCACAAGAAAAAGUGGAUUUGAAGGAAGCAAUGUCACAUCCAUUAAUACACUGGCACAAGCAGAAGCUUUGUCUCGUCAGAUCACAGCUCCAAGUACUGGUACAAGCACUGACAUAAAUACAAAGAAAAUUGCCAGUGUUACUGAUAUUUGUGAAUCCAUGAAGCAGCAACUGCUGGUCUUGGUGGAGUGGGCAAAAUACAUUCCUGCUUUCUGUGAGCUUCCUCUGGAUGACCAGGUUGCCUUAUUAAGGGCUCAUGCUGGAGAACAUCUUCUUCUGGGAAUAACAAAACGUUCCAUGCUGUUUAAAGACAUUUUACUUUUAGGGAACAGCUAUGUCAUUCACAGGAACUGUAGCGAGAUUGAAAUAAGCCGCGUUGCAAACAGAGUUUUGGAUGAACUUGUCCAGCCUUUUCAGGAGAUCCAAAUAGAUGACAAUGAAUUUGCCUGCUUAAAGGCAAUUGUAUUUUUUGAUCCAGAUGCCAAAGGGCUCAGCAAUCCAAUGAAGAUUAAAAAUAUGCGAUAUCAAGUACAGAUUAGUUUGGAAGAUUACAUUAAUGACAGACAAUAUGAUUCCAGAGGAAGAUUUGGGGAGCUUCUUUUGUUACUGCCUACUCUUCAAAGUAUCACUUGGCAAAUGAUUGAACAAAUUCAGUUUGUGAAGUUGUUUGGAAUGGUUAAGAUUGAUAAUCUUCUCCAGGAGAUGUUAUUGGGAGGUUCAGCAACAGAGUCUAGUCACAUCCAUCCUGUCCAUCCUCAUAUAGUGCAAGACCCUCUAGUGGGACAGACACUGCUCAUAAGUUCCAUGUCUUCUACACUACACUCAGAACAGAUUGCCACUCCUGAAACACCUCUGCCUUCUCCUCCUCAAGGGUCAGGACAAGAACAGUAUAAGCUAUCCACAAACCAUGCAACUGUCAUUACACAUCAGUCAAUCUUGAAGCAAAAACCUUGA